AUGAGGAGCACGUCCAGCACCAACCAUGGAGGAAUCGCAGUUGCAAGUGCAGCCCUACCAAAGCCCCGGGCCAGGGAAGGCGCCAGUCGUGCCCCAUCAGCCACGGGAAGCCCCAGGCCAGGGAAGGAAACGAGAGCCGUCAUCGUAGAUGUGGGCACCGCUGGCUCUAAACAUGGCCUUACGGGGCAGCCCAGGUCACCCCACAUCAUUCCAACAGUUGGGAAGCACAUGCAGGAUGUGGCUCCUGUCUGUGAAGGCUGAAUCUUGCCUAUGGUCACUGGGAGGGUAGAUUACGCUGGCUUGGACACCACACACUACCUCAUGAAGCCACUAAAUGAGUAUCAGCUAGGUAUAGAAGAUUUUAAGGAAAAAUGCUGUUACAGCUCCCUGGAGCUCAAGCAGGACCUGAGUUUGUCCCUUGGGAAGAAGAAUUCCUCUGUCUGGGUUGGUGGCUCUGUUCUGGCCUCACUCCAAUCCUUCCCAGUCUGGGUCUCCAUGAGGGAAUAUGAGGAAUACGGUCCUCCCUGUGCUUUUAGCAAGUGCUUCUGA